ACGGACAGUACGCAAGAACUACCCGGCUACCUAUCGUUGCAUGACUAUGGCACCGAAAUGGGUCUGGUGCUCAAAUGGACUCCGAAUUGGGCUAUGGCUCCAAACGGCGUGUCUGCUCCCGAUGAGCAUGAUACAGAUCACCGGACCACAAGUGACGCAUUGGAGGAUGCCAACAUGCCCGACACUCAGCGAGAGUAA